GAUUGUACUCAAUAUUGGUAGCUAUAUGGGUGGAGUUGAUCUCUGGCAAAAUGAUUUAGAGCAUGAUGAUGACUUUGAGCAUCAAUCUAUGCAUGAUAAAAUGCUUGAAGUUGUUUGUGUUUCUGGAGCAUGGCACCUUGGCAAACUUCAGGUUGGGCUUUCCCAAGCAAGGAGACUGGCCCAAGGUGGAACAAUAAGGAUACACAUCUCCAGUCCUUUCCCAGUCCAAAUUGAUGGGGAACCAUUUAUACAGCAACCAGGAUGCUUAGAGAUCACACACCACAAACAGGUGUUUAUGUUGAGGAGGACAUCACGGUUGGACGGGCGAAGAGGACAUGCAGCAGCUAUCAUGACAGAGGUUUUGGUGGAUGCCGAAUGUAAAGGCGUGAUCAGUGCAACUCAAAAGAACAUGCUUCUUCAGCAGAUAGCUCUUCAACUUUCUUGAUUCAUAAUUGC